ACUAGUUCCUGUUUGGGUAUAGCGCUUUAUCUGCCUAGUUUGAGUAGUUAAUAUGCAGAUAACCAUUCAUUAAUUAAUUACUCUGUACUCUGUACUUACUCCCUGUUUAUCACCGGGUGAAACAAUCCACUUGUACAAUAGUAUAUACCUACUAGUAUCACAUUGACGUAAUAUAGAGAAUGACAUUCCAAACAACACGACCGUCUCCCACACUUCUAAUCCCCUCCAAACGGCCUCUUGCCGUCCCCAAGAACCCCACCCUCUCUCUCACGACCGCUACAUACCCGCCGAUCCAUAUUCGUUCAACAUCAACGUCGACGUCUACAUCGGCAGUGUCCGAAUCUAAAUCCAAAUCCAAAUCUACCUCAACGGAUCACCAUGUGGAGCUAACGUCUCGGUCCACCACUGUCGAGUAUGAUUUCUCGUCCGGUCCGCAGCCAUUCUUGGAUCCGGCCUUGUGGGAGAAUGUGAAGGCGGUGGAUCGGCUGCGGAGGGAGGGUGACGGACUCGGGGAGGGAGAUGUCUCCGUUAAAGAAAAGGAGGAGGAAUUGAGGAGGAAGAAGGAGAGGGAGGCGGAGUACGGAGGGAUGGCUGUUCGGGGCAGGAUGGGGCGGUGGAAGUGAUUCAUUCCGUUUCUUUCGUCACACUGGACAUCUCCUUGUCCCUUCAUGUUUCUUUUUACUACAUAGAUCUGGAAGAUUCAGAAACAUGGGUCAAUAUAUAUGUUAUGAUUGUGCAUUUGUUAUCUUGUAUUUCUCGUCAUGGGGGGGCAAAUUUAUAAUCUCAUCAAAGUAGGCGUAUGAUACAGAGAACACACAUAAUGCGAAAUGUCACAGCGCC